GUAACGUUCGUUUUCCGUGUAAUUGUCCGUCAGUAACGUAACGUAGUUGCCUUCGCUUUAUGCCGGUGAGCGUUUUAGUCGGUGCGGAUCGUGGACACCUGUCCACAGGACGACGUCCCGAGUCAAAGAUGCUCGGGCUGUGGUGCAUUGUGGGAGGACCUCGUGGAGGAGGAAGACUCCUGAGAAGUCUUCCUCGCGUCCAGAAGACGUCUGCGUCCUGGCCGUCGCCGACCUCAGAGAGUCACCGCAUCAGACUGUACGGCCGCCCUCCUCGUCCCCCUCCGCAGACUCAGCUGCGUUUCCUGUCUCGGGGUCAGAACUCGUCUGCUUCUACGGCCAAGCUGAAGCUGAGGACCCGUCUGUUGGUGACUCUGCUGUUCGGCGGCGGCGUGCUGGCCAUGUGGGGCUUCGUGUACUCGGAGAAGCAGCAGAAGUUGCGGCGGCAGCGCAUCGAGCAGCUGCAGCAGGUGGCUCUGGGUCGGGGGACCUUCAGCCUCCUGGACCACAGGGGCCGGCGCAGGACCAAGCGAGACUUCCUGGGCAGCUGGGUGCUGCUGUACUUUGGCUUCACGCACUGCCCGGACAUCUGCCCCGAAGAGCUGGACAAGAUGAGCGGCGUGGUGUCGGCCCUGGACCGGGACGCCUCGCUGCCGCCCGUCCAGCCCCUCUUUAUCACCGUGGACCCGGAGAGGGACGACGUGCCGGCAGUGGCCCAAUACGUCAAAGACUUCCACCCCCGUCUCAUCGGAAUGACGGGUACAUCGGAGGAGGUGAAACACGCGGGGCAAGAAUACAGAGUGUACGAGCCCGGACCCAAAGACGAGGACGGAGACUACAUCGUGGAUCACACCAUCAUGAUCUACCUGAUCAAUCCCGACGGGCUGUUUCUGGACUACUACAACAGGACGAAGGACCAGGAGCAGAUCACAGAGAGCGUCAGGAACCACAUCAAGAACUACGUCAGACUCGGAGGAACCUGAGUAAAACAUUAGCGCUUCAGUUCAGAGUCCUGGACCUGAACCCCGGAAACAUUUCAGCCGCGGCGGCUCUUGAACCUUCGCCCAGACUUUUUAGUUUGUGCGGGAAACAAAGCCUGUGGUUCAUGUGAGCCUGAAAUCAAAUCACACCUUUCUUGUAUAAACCAGACACACCACCACUCCUCUAUUAAAACUUGAAAUCUCUGAA